AAUGUUAUGAUAAUACGAAUUUUUUAAAGUCAAGACGAUGGUAUACCGAAGCAUGUGUCACGCUCCCGCCACCGUGUCCACUGGCUUGUGGGGCUGUGACAGUGCGCCCACAAGGAGCUCAUAGAUGAUAUAACCGCAGUCACGAUCGUAUAGCAGGUCUCAUUCAACGAAAAGAAUGCGAGAAGACCUUCCACAUCUUCACGAUGACGCGCGUACGCCGAACGCACGUAGUGACAAUCAUGAUCUUUCACCGCCAGCAUAUUUGUUUGUUCAUCAAACAGCCAGUGGACUGAGCACUCUAACACUAGAAAGAAAGGGCGUAGUACUCGGCCAGGGAAACUGGAAUGGUAUCUUGAUUGGCGGCAUCCAUGGUCGGCCUGGCCGUCCCCACUGCACUGGAAGACAGCCGUACACAACUUUCAAACACUCUGGUGGGGGGUACCCACAAUAUGAUAGUGAUACAUUGAGCAUUGGAUUCUCAGCUGACUUACCUCUUGUCAGAAGCGCUCGUAUCCUGAUUGUUGAGGGUCAUGGCAUAUCUUUAGCUUCAAAGCGAUUGUUCCGUACUAUCGGUCACCAAGCUGACGCUCGCGGUGUUCCGAUGCGCCGAUUCAAGCGCGAUAUCGCUCGGAUUGCCCUCGGCGGUGUACUUCAAGAGCGCUAUAUGACAGCACUAGCUGUUGCCAUCAUGCACGACCAAGGCGACCUUCUCCCUCAUUAUCCGCGAAGUAGACAGUUCGGUGAAUCUGGAAGUCGAAUUGCAUCUGUUCCUUCUCUCAAAUCGUCAAUCUCAGUGUCUCGGUAUCCACCAGCGAAGUCUUUCCAGAUGAGGCUUUUCCUUGCCUUCUUUCUGAUAUUCCUCAUUGUCAACAACGGUGCAGCUGCUCAAAGACUAGCCACACCAGAAGAAUGGUGGCAUUGGGCCUGUCGUGGUGGGCGACUCGUCCAGGCUAUGGUAUGGCCGGCCCCACACGCCAAUGAGUUCCUGGACCCUAUCAGCAGUCCAUGGGACGGUAACAUGGCUUAUGAGCUCGCACAAUGGGGAUAUUCAGUAUCUGAGAGACCUCAGCUAUGCGAGGCAUUGAAGGAACCGAAGUUACUCAAAAGGAGCGCGGAUGGACGGAGUGGCCUCGUAGAGCAUGUUGUUCGCGUGAGACUGUAACUGUGAGUGGUGAUGGAGUAGAAGUCAGACAAGAUAGAUGCGGAUGAACGAUGAAGCGGCAAAAGGGUCGAGGGAGGACGGAACGGGCUGUACUCGAGGGUCAUCCGCAUGCGCGUCUGCACGAUGAGCUGUCGCAGGAUAAACUACUUCUCGACAAGAGACUGGGAGCAUGAAGCAUCCGACGAUGAAUGUAUGGAAGUUGUCGAUAGUGG